GUACGCCGCGGUGCCCCAGGGAAGCCCGCGGUCGGUGAGGUGAGACUUGCGGGCGGCUGCUCCGAGGUGCAGCUCCAAGCCUGUUCUGCUUUUGCCGGUGGCGGCAGGCAGCGGAGUCCUGCGGGUGCCAGUGAAAGACUACAGCUGAUACGGGCCUUCUACAGAGCUAGUCCAGACUGAGAUGCUGUAUCACUAACAACAGCUAAAACUCUGGCCCUUCAGGAUACACAGGAACAACAGAAGGUUAUGAUGAUGGAGCCAAAGAAAGAGGGACAGUCUUGGGAGUAUGACACCAGGCAACCUGGGAACCACUCUACCAAUCAAGAGAUCUUUCGUCAGCGCUUCAGGCAACUCUGUUAUCAAGAGACUCCUGGUCCCCGAGAAGCCCUGAGCCGACUAAGGAUUCUCUGUUCUGAGUGGCUGAGGCCAGAGAGACAUACCAAGGAGCAGAUCCUGGAGUUACUGGUGCUGGAACAAUUCCUGACCAUACUACCUGUGGAGCUCCAGACCUGGGUGCGGGAACAUCACCCUAAGAGUGGAGAGGAGGCUGUGACUGUGCUGGAGGAUUUAGAGAAAGGAUUUGAACCAGGACUGCAGGUCCCAGGCCCUGCACAUGGACCUACACAGGAAGAGCCGUGGGAGAAGAAGGCACCUCUGGGAGCAGCCCAGGACACACUGAGCAUCCAGCUCCAGCCUACAGAGAUGCAGCUCAAGUGUGAAUCUCAGGAGACCCAGCCUUUCCCAGAGAGUGAACAGGAAUGUUUACAUUUCCCAUCAAAUGUUACAGAAGAUGGCCCAGAGCCCAGGGACAAAGGAUCAUUGCCACAACUGCCCAUUACUGAAGUGGAAUCACACGUGUCCUCAGAAAAGCUCACCACCAACACAUCUACAUUCAAAGCUACCUCUCAAGUUGAGAGUACCUUAGACCAGCAGCAGAGGAAUCUCAAAGCAGAGAGACUGAAGCAGUCCCCUGUGCAGGAGCAAAGUUUCAGGCAGAUGCUUAUCACCCAUAAGAAAACUCCCACGGGGAAGAAAGACCAUGAAUGCAGUGAAUGUGGUAAAGCCUUCAUUUAUAAUUCACACCUUGUAAUUCACCAGAGAAUUCAUUCUGGAGAGAAACCCUAUAAGUGUAGUGAUUGUGGGAAAACUUUCAAUCAGAGCUCAAACCUCAUUCAGCAUCAGAGAAUUCAUACAGGAGAAAAACCCUACGAAUGUAAUGAAUGUGGGAAGGCCUUCAGGUGGGGUGCUCAUCUUGUUCAACAUCAGAGGAUUCAUUCAGGAGAAAAACCUUACGAGUGUAAUGAGUGUGGGAAAGCCUUCAGUCAAAGCUCAUAUCUAAGUCAGCAUCUGAGAAUUCACAGUGGAGAAAAACCUUUUAUAUGUAAAGGAUGUGGGAAAGCUUACAGAUGGAGUUCAGAGCUUAUUAGACAUCAGAGAGCUCAUGCCAUGAAAGAGCCUUCCCAGUAUUUUGAAGGUGAGAACGUCUCCAGACAGACUUGUACAUUUGUCUAAUCUAUAGGACUCGAUCCCAUAAAAGUUAGCAGCACCUUAAG